CACAGGUGACACUGAUUGAUACAAAGCAACAAGAGUACAAGAGUGAUACGCAUGUUAUCAUAAAUCUUUACUUUGUUCGAAAAUGAUUGAAUUUAGGAGUUUAUUUUGGUGUUCGUUUUUCUAUUUAUCAUUAAUAAUUUCAUCAAAUGUAGCAGAAGAUGUUUCCUGUGUGCAGAAAAGUUCGUGUGUCUGUGUUUUUCCAAAUGGCACCGGUAUAGAUUUAACACCAACAGUGACGACUUCAUUUUACAAAGUUGUGUUUAACAAAUUAGAAAUGAAAGAUACGCAGACAAAGCUUUACACGUACUAUUAUCAUCCUUGCUAUGAUGUGAAGCCAACUUUCAACGCUACUGAUACUUGUAACAAACCUCUGACUUUGGCUAGACAGACAUCUACAUUCACAUUUGUAUCAAAAAAUAUGUACAAUCUAAGCGCCCCUUUUUGUGAGUACUAUGGAUCAUCUAAUAAAAGCUCCUUCUCCAAGGAUGGACUUUCACUGGUCUAUGACAACAACCCAUCCGACAACGUCGUGAUGUUGAUGUGCUCGGAGAAAGGAAAAGACAAUCUAGCUGUCUACUCCACAGAAGAGCCGGAUAACAUUGUUCUUGCCUUUUACUCGAGACACGCCUGUUUGAAGACUCUGGAAGAACCCGGGAGGUCACUAGGGUCGACGCUGCUAAUUGUUUUCUUCUGCCUUGUCAUAUUCUACCUGGUGUUAGGAAUAUGCACCAAGAAAUUCUUGAUGGGAGCCACUGGUAUUGAAGUCAUACCCAACUUGGCGUUCUGGUCCGAUCUACCUAAUUUAGUGAAGGACGGCUGGGCGUUCGCGAUCAACGGCUUCAAGCUGCCAGCUCGGUCCAAUCAGAUGAGUUCCCCGGACCCCAACAGCUACGACAGCAUAUAACGACAACCAGAGGCGGCCAUCUCUGAGGGGCAGUUAGUCUUGCUCGAAUAACGGUCGCGACGUCAUAUUGUAUAACCCGACGGAAUCGCAAUGCCGAAUCAAUUGUACAAUUGAAAAAAAAAAAAAGUGAUGUUCCACAUGAAAAGGUAUUUAUAGGCGGUCGCUUACGACGUAUGCGCAUUUGUAAUAAAAAUUUGCAAGUGAAACGUUUUAAGCGACUUUACUCCAUUAGGUACCUUUUCUCGUGAAACGUCACAGAUUAUGAAAAAUUUACUGCGAAAAAUCUAUUGAGUUGUUACAUAUUGAAAAAACAUCACCUUUCGCUUUCGCUGUUACGCUAUAUGACGAUAGGUGACGUCACAAUGUCCUACCUACAAAUCGCCUAAUUUGUAUAAUUAGGGAUUUAUACAUUUUAUAUCUUUAUAUUAAUCAAGUUAUUCGAAAACUAAUUGUGCCGUCAUAUUUCUCGACAGAAUGUGUUCCAACAGAUAUAAAAAAGAAAAAAUUGUUAACAUCUCAUUUCAAUACAAAUGUCAUUUGGUUUGACGAUAUUCUGACGGGUUACACUAUAUUGUCCCGCUCUGUAUCUUAAUUGAUCUGUGCUCGUUUUUAGAGAAAUGGCGGGGGGAAAAUGUACUAUUGCAGUGUUUCUUCUUUUUCGCUUGUAUCAAAUAAUGAUUAAAUACAGUAUCACGUCUUAUCUCACGGGAUGGAGAGAGCCGUGGGUUGCGAAAUUCGAAUUGGGUUAUUGGUGGUCAUUACCAUUACCAGGUUAAUGAUACCUUGCAUAUAGUUAAGAAUGCCUUGCAUAUAAUAGAAUAAUCUCUUUUGUCCUAUAUUAGGGUCUUGACAGGGUUUGAUGUAGGGGUGGGUCGUCGACGCGUUUUUCGUGAACGAGACUAGACCGUCUAUUAGUCGUUCAUGGACUAAGAGAUUAACUAGUUAAAUUUGUCGACUAGUCGACGUCACGUUUUCGUUCAGUUGACGUUCAAAUUGAACGGUUCGUUGAGUUCUAUGAAUUAAUCAAAACUGGACUGUUUAUCCACGCUACUAAAGUUCAAAGUCGCUUGAAGUUAAUUCGUUCAUCGUUCGUCGCGAAGUGAAUGUCGAGUCGUCUAUAAAAGGUUAUUUAUUCAAACGAACUCUAUGUUUUAGGGAACAAAGUUCACAUUUGUUUGAUUAAACAAUUAGGCUAUUGGACUACAUUAACCGACAGAUUGAAACGAAGUGACCGCCAUCCAAACAACAACAACAGCCGUCUAAUAAUUUAACUAGUCGACGCAUGGACGGUGGACCGUCGAAUAUUCGAUGCCUUGUUAACCGUCUAUUGGACUAGUCCGUCCAUUCGACGCUCAUCCCUAGUUAGGUGCAAACAAUUGAUAAAUGAUGCGUCAUAUUCCUUUGGAUUUGACAAAAAACUAAAAAGGUCAUUUUACUACUAUUUGUCCUAAAUGAAAUGCUUAACUUUCAUAUCAACCAAUGACAGAUGAAGUAAACAGACUGAAAAAGAGAAUAAACACGGACCGAUUGUACAUUUUUCCGGCGUUAUUAAAAAACUGUAUACCUACAUAUUUAUACUAUAACGUAUUUUUUAGAAUUUAAUUUGUUACUUAGGCUAGGCUGCUUCAAGAACAGUUUGGCUAAUCGAAUUCAUAGAAUCCUGAAUCCAGUGUAAAUUUAAGGGUAUGUCUACAUCGCUACACUUCCUCAUUGUUGUCUUGGCUAAACAGAUUUGCAUCUAUUUUUUUUUUUUGCCAAAGAAGUGAGCUAAAUACCAACACGCUUAGUUUUCUUAAAGGCAAAAACUUUAGUUGCGUAAAAUAUAGAAUUUGCACAUAUUGCAAUGAUAGAUAAUCCUUAUCCUUACUAUUAUAAAUCUGAAAGUAAGUUUGUUUGUUACCUCAUCACGCUCUAUUUACUCAACCAAUCUUCUUGAAUUUUUGCAUACAUAUAGUUUGAAGUAUGGAGAAGGAGAUAGGGCAUCUUUAAUCCCGGAAAAAUAACUGUUCCUAUGGGAAACUUAAGCGGGCGAAGCCGCGGACAAAAGUUAGUUUAAAAUCAAAUAAAUAUUUGGUGUUGUUUUUUAGGUUAAGAUCUCACGGCCACAUAGCCAAUUUUUUGUUAUUAUGUCAUUGUCACCUCAUUUUGUUAAGAUGUUGUUUUUAUUAUAGUUUCGAAUAUAUUUUUAGAACUAUCUAA